AUAUUUGGGUGAGUAUUUGAGAGUUUUGUGUGGAUAUUUGGGAUUAUUUGUGUGGAUUGAUGAAGUACUCCCUCAGUCUUCCCUCAGGACAAACCAGACCCGGGUCCCUCAGUCUGGGAACCCCAAAUCACCCCCAAAUCAGGCCCCCUCCAGGAGCCCCAGGUCUCUCUGGUCCCGAGGAGCCCAGAGCUGGAGCAGCACUCCAGAACUGCCUCACCUGGGGCAGGUGAGGUGAGGUGAGGGGCCGGAUCACCCCUGACCCACCGGCACUGCCCUUCCCGGUACCCCCGGGAUUCCAUCGCCCGCAGGACCCGCGGCUGGGCAGGAACGGCCCCGCAGGACCCCACAGCUCGCACCUGUGUGAGUUCACACCUGAGUGAGUUCACACCUGAGUGAGUUCACACCUGAUUUCACACCCGAGUUCACACAUCUACCCCGGGCGGUCCAAAAGCACCCGCGGCUCCAGUUUCCCCCCGGGACAGAGCACAAUCUGCCCACUUCAAACAUGGCGGCCGUGGCGUCACCCGCCCCGGAUAACGGGCGGAGGUGAGUCCGGGCGGAAGUGAUUCCGGGCAGAAGCGAAUCCGGGCGGAAGUGGGUCCGGCCCGAAUUGGGUCCCCCGCAGCCGGAUGCGCAGGGCCUGGCGGAGCGGCGGGAUGGAGGCCGCCGGUCACGGGCAGGAGGCCGAGGCAGGCGGCCAUGGCGGCCACAAGAAGAAGCACAAGAAACACAAGAAAAAACACAAGAAGCGGCACCACCACGAGGCGGGGCCGCCCCCGGGUCCCGAACCCCCUCGGCAGCCCCGGCUGCGGCUCCGGAUUAAGCUGGGGGGGCAGAUCCUGGGGACCAAGAGCGUCCCCACGUUCACGGUGGUCCCCGAAGGGCCGCACUCGCCGUCCCCCUCCCCGCUGCUGGGAGGCGACGAGGAGGAGCCCAGCGAGGGGGUCCCCAUCGAGCAGUACCGGGCCUGGCUGGAUGAGGACAGCAACCUGGCCCCCUCCCCACUGCCCGAGCUGGACCCCGAGAGCUGCUUCCCCCCCCGUGAGGAGGAGGAGGAGGAGGAAGAGGAGGAGGAAGAGGAGGAGGAGGAGCGGCGCUGGCUGGCGGCCCUCGAGAGGGGGGAGCUGGACGACAACGGCGACAUCAAGAGGGAGGUGGACGAGUCCCUCCUGACAGCCCGGCAGCGCGCGCUGCUGCACAAGCAGCAGAGCCAGCCCCUGCUGCAGCUGCCCAUGGGCGCCAAGGCCAAGGAGGUGACGGAGGAGAUGCGGGAGAAGCGGGAGGAGCGGGCGCGGCGCCGGCGGCUCCAGGCCGCCCGCAAAGCCGAGGAGAGCAAGAACCAAACCAUCGAGCGCCUGACGCGCACGCACAAGGCCAAGGUGAGGGCCCUGCGCGAGCGCCGCGCCCGCCCCGCGCCCUGCCCCGUCGUGCACUACCGCAGCGCCGCCGACGGCGUCACCGUGUCCUUCCCCGCCGGGCUGCCGCUGCCGCUGCCCGCCGCCGCCGCCCCGCCCGUGCCCCCCGCACAGCCCUGCGCCGUGCCCGGCUGCACCAACCCCAAACGCUACAGCUGCGCCCGCACUGGGCGCCCGCUCUGCAGCCUGGGCUGCUACCAGCGCAACCUGCAGCUGCUGCAGAGCCAGGGGUGACCCCGCUCCCAAAGGGGGCUGCGGGGCUCUCUCCGAGGGCUAGAGACCCUCUCCAGGGCAUACAGACCCUCUCGGGGGGCUACGGAUCCUCUGCCGUGGAUGCAAAGGGCCAGAUCACCAGCCCGUAUGGGGAACUACAGAGGGGUCUGGAUCAUCCACGUGGACACCGAGGGCCAGAAGAGGAAUCUGUGGAUCUCCACUGUGGACUCGGAGGGUUGUGGGGAGCUCCAGACCUUCCACGUGGACCCAAAGGGCCAGAACAGGGCACUUCAAACCCUCUGCUGCGGACACAGAGGCUCUGGGCGUUCCACGUGGACACAAAGGGAUCUGGAUGGCUGCAGUUCCUUAUGGACACCAAUGGAUAUGGCCAGCAGGGAUGUGGAGCUCCAGAGGGCUCCAGCCUCUCCACCGUGGACACAGAGGCUUGGGGACGCCGUCAGGGGCUGAGGGUGGUCCUGAGGGGAUGAAGAGGUCCCCAGAAAGGAUGGGUCCUGCUGGCACAAAGCUGAUUAAAGGCUGUUGAAGGA